CUUCCUUAUUGCUCCCCUCUUGUCAUUCUCGAAUCCAUCUUUCGGAAACCCUAAUUUGCCGUUCCCCCGGUUGAAGCUCCCUCCCGUGGGUGUCUGAAAUCCUACAAUAUAUCGAUGGGUAAGAACGAUUUCCUGACCCCCAAGGCGAUUGCGAAUCGGAUCAAGGCCAAGGGUCUCCAGAAGCUUCGAUGGUAUUGCCAGAUGUGUCAGAAACAAUGUCGCGAUGAGAACGGCUUCAAGUGUCACUGUAUGAGCGAGUCACACCAAAGGCAGAUGCAGGUUUUCGGACAGAACCCGACCCGAAUCGUCGAGGGAUAUUCGGAGGAGUUCGAGCGAACCUUCCUUGAUCUCAUGCGGCGGAGCCAUCGAUUCUCUCGCAUCGCCGCCACGGUGGUCUACAACGAGUACAUCAACGACCGGCAUCACGUCCACAUGAAUUCCACAGAGUGGGCGACGCUCACAGAGUUCAUCAAAUACCUUGGAAGAACUGGUAAGUGCAAGGUCGAAGAAACCCCUAAAGGUUGGUUCAUUACUUACAUUGAUAGAGAUUCCGAGACUUUGUUUAAGGAGAGAUUGAAAAACAAGAGAUUGAAGAGUGAUUUAGCUGAGGAGGAGAAGCAGGAGAGAGAAAUCCAGAAACAGAUCGAGAGAGCAGCUGAGAAGUUUAACAUUAGUGAGCAUAGCUCGGGUGAGGGCGAAACCAGUAAUAGGGAAAACGUGGGGGCGGAUGAUGAGAGAAAGGAAGACGAAGAAUUGAAACUGAAAAGCGGGGUAAAGGUAGGGUUUUCCCUUGGUGGAGGCAGUAAACACGGGACUGGGAAAGACAGAGGAGAGGGCUCGAAACGGGUAUUCGAGGAGGAAGAGAACGAGAGAGUGCAAAAGAGGAAAGCAAGUGGGGAUCCAAGGAAGAGCGAGAAGGAGAGAAAAUCGGCAUUGGAGGAGUUGAUGAAGGAGGAAGAGAAGAAGAAGGAGAAGAUUAAUCGCAAGGAUUACUGGUUAUUCGAGGGGAUUAUCGUUAAGGUGAUGAGCAAGGCUUUGGCGGAUAAAGGGUACUAUAAGCAGAAAGGUGUUGUGAGGAAAGUGAUGGAUAAAUAUGUCGGGGAGAUCGAGAUGCUCGAGUCUAAACAUGUGUUGAGGGUUGACCAGGAGGAGCUCGAGACUGUGAUCCCGCAGAUUGGAGGGCUAGUGAAGAUAGUUAAUGGGGCGUAUCGUGGUUCAAAUGCCAGAUUGUUGGGUGUGAAUACAGAUAAUUUUUGUGCCAAGGUGCAGAUCGAGAAAGGUGUCUAUGAUGGGAGAGUCAUCAAGUCAAUCGAGUAUGAGGACAUAUGCAAACUCGCCUAGUGACUUGUUUAUUUGGAGUUUUAUCAUAUCAUAUGGUUUGAGCGGCACCUCGUAUGUCUGCUUGAUUGAGUCUUUUCUAAAGAUGAUCUUGGACAUUUGUGAAAUAUGCAUUCCUUGCUAGAGAGACCUAACUCUUUAGACUUGUUGACUGGUAAUGCUGGGGUGGGGCCAUUUGUGUUCUUGAUGAUGAUCUAUAAUGAGCGGUAAAAAAACUGCUGUCAGAAGGUUAGGUUUUUCCAUGACAGUGAUGAUCCGACCAGAUCCCGGACCUGUUUCUGUCUGGUACUGAAUUUCACAAGAGAUUUUGUUGGGAGAUUCUGGUUGCUGGUUCUGAACUAAAGGCGAGAGGCAGACAACUAACAAGCAUUACAGAUGUAAGGUUUGAAUUUGGACCAUGUCCCUGAAGAAUGUUUGUGUCGUAUCGUUUUCUAAACAAUUCCUCACCCUGUUAUAAAGUUUCGAUCUUUCUACUCUC